AUGACACGAACCAAGGGCGCAGCUCGCAGGGGCGAAGCGGGCCAUGAGUUUCGAGAGAAUCAAAAGCGCAAACGCGAACUAGCAGAGGGUGCCUCAAGAGACAAAGGAAAUUUCCCCUCCAUCUUUCAGGAACAAGACCGACCCUCAAAAAAAGCAAAAGCAACUACAACCGGCACCAAGAUAUCUUCUCAUCAAUCUCCUUCUGUUGCUCCCGUCGUUCAAGAUCGAGCACAAAAUGACGCUUCCUCUUCCGCCCCAGUCACCACAGCACCCUCCAAAGUCGGAGGGCAGCGUCAAAUCCCUGCCCCUCAUGAUCUAACUCACACCCACCGAACAACCGAAUUGUCCAUCCUUUCCUCCUCGCAGAUCCAAAAGAAAGCCUCGCGUAUCCUCUCGAUCCUCAGUACCUUUUCCUUCUCGGAUCCAGCACCCCACGUCGUGCUUUUAUCUGCCAAAGCACCUGUUGCAGGCAAGCUCAUUACUAUUGCAGAGAUAGCUAAGCGGGAAUUGGCGAAGACUGGCGCGAAGUGGUUUCAAUAUAAUGUUGUUGGGGAAUUAACUGCCACUAUCCCGAGUAAUUGUUCAGAAGUCGAGAAGACUGGAGACGAGAAAGAUGGAGAUACAGAGAUGAAGGACGGGGGACAAGAAGAGGAGGAGGAAGGGUUUGAGACCAUGAAAACUCCCUUCGAGAGAGCACUCGAAGCAGAAAAUAGACCCAAGAUUCGAGCUGUGCCUACUUUUACUCUCUAUCUGUCUCGAGUUAGAAUUGAAAGCUUGAAGAAGAUGUAUGGAGAGCAAACGAAUGCCUUGACUUGA